AAUUGCUGAACUUGGAUUUGGAAAAUCAAGGUCUUCUUGAGCCAGAGACUUGCCGUGAGCAAAUUCCCAUUGUUUGGCUUCAGUUAUAAUGAAAACAAUAAAAAGACUGUGAUACACUUUGUACACUAACAGCACACUUGUCUACUCAGAAGUUAAUUCCAUUAUCUUCAAUAGGGUUUACUCCAGGUAACUAGGUAUAGGAUUUCAGCCUAACGUUGCAUAUUUUGCAGGGUGGACGUCCCAUUGAACUGAGUGAGGCUACCAAGAAAACAAGCAUUGGAUUGGGCUGUAAAAGUGCUAUAACCUCGAUUAAUAACUAUAUUUUAUCCUAUCAAACUUCACUGUGUGAAGUUGAAAAGCCAAGAAAGGUAUUUUGUGUAAUGCCUUUUACUUCCAAAUAUUCUACUAAAUCUAUUCACCAUUUUUGUUGUUCUCCCUGCAGAGUCCCUGACUUUUCCAGGCACUUGCCAUGAAGAGAGACAGAGAGAGAGAAGUAAGGGGAAAGAAAGGAACAAGAACAUUGGUCAUAAAUCAAGCAA